ACUGGCUACUUUAUUGGGGGCAAUUAUCCUGCAGGGAGGUUUAAAACGUAGCAAGGGGCUGCAGAUCAAGCCACUGGAGGAGGAACCUGUCAAGAUGAGGCUGACUUUCCUGGUCAUCCUGGCAGUGCUGCAGCUCUGCAGCCCAGUCUUCCUCUCUGACCCCCUGCUCUACACCUCUCAGCUGGAGGAGGGGCAGGAUGCACCAAGCAAGCCCUGGCUCAACCCUCUGCUGGAAGAUGUGGUCCCUGAUCUGGACAUCCACAGUCCAUCCACACUGACAGAGACCUCAGAUCUAGAGCCCCAGUUCCCCGAUUCCCUGUUUAUGUAUGGGGAGAACGCCAACCUUAAAUGGGUUCAAUGGGAAGGGUCCCUCCCUAAUGGUGCUGUGGGCAUCUACAACGGUUACACCGAACGACAUGACUACAUCUGCAAAGUCAACUGCGAAGCUGGCUUCUAUACCGCAAGCAAAGGCAGUUUCUGCCAGUACCCCUACGCUGACAAGGAGCAUUCAUCCUCCAAGUUCGAAGUCCUGGUCAAUGUGGACAACUUUGAGUUUGUGGAGUGGAUCGAGGAGGAAUACGGUGCUGUCCCCCAACAUGCUGUCAAGACCUGCCAAGGUGUUGAGAUAUACGUCGGCAAGAACAAAUACGGUCUGGGAAAGGUUGUGACCCAACAUAAAGCCUUCUUCCUGCCUUGGGAGGGUGAUGAGUACUGGUACAAGAGAUACCAGGUCCUGGCCAUCAACAGGGACACCUACAGCCAGCACAUCUCUCACGUGGAGUACGCCAUCGACCAGAUCGAGUUGUUCAACCACCCUCCUGAGGCCAUGCAGUUUGUCAGGGUCACCAACCUGGAGUGCAGCAGUGUGGAGAAGAAGGUCUUGCUGGAGAAGACCAGCAAUGUGGAGAAGACCUGGGACAUCGGCAGGGAGAGCCGCAACAGCUCCACCACCAUGACGGCCAAGGUGCCCAUUAUCAGCCCAGGCACCGUGGACUUCACCAAGGAGCAGACGGUGAGCUUCUCAGAGGGAACCACCAUGGUGGAGUCUAUCCCUGAGCCACCCUGCUACCCUGUUGAGACAGACCCCUGA